ACAAUGUCCGCUAGUCUCAUAGUUCUUGCGGAUAUUUACAGCGGACUUAUUCUAAUGUUCAUUUGGAGAUAACUUGAAUCACACCAAUAAACUUUGAAGAUUUAGCCGACUUGAACAACCAUGCCAAGUCAGAGUUUCAACCAAAACUAUUUCUAAAUGUCGAUUGAAAGUGCCAUAGCGACUGAUUUUGACCGCUCUGGUGCAACUUUAUAGACUACCGACUUCAACUUUACUAGACUAUUAGCUGCUAGACGAUUUAGCAAUUGUCUGCGGUAUAUUACAAGAUUGUUUAUCCGCUAUGGAUAAAUGCUUGAAAAAUAGUCUAUAAAAACCUUCAAGUUUACCGGCCUGAAUCAAACCCGAACGGAUUACUCUGCAUACCCAUAUGUCUGAUCUAGGAGAAUUAACGCAGAAUAUGAAUUCAAGUACUCAGUGUAGCCCUAAAACACAACUAUCGAAAGAUUUGGUGCAAUCAGAGACGGUGGAAGUAGAUUCAUCGCUCGAGGCAUUAAAUGUGCAAUCCGAAAACAUCCCAAAAACCGAUACUGGCUACGCAUGGGUAAUUAUGUGUGCAAGUUUUAUGGUCAAUGCAGUUGCGAUUGGUUUACCGUCGUCAUUUGGAAUUUUCCAGCAGGCGUACAGAAAUAUUCCUGAAUUGGCCGGAGAAUCCACACUUUCAAUUGCCUUUAUUGGAUCAAUUAGUAUCGCUGGAAUGCCCCUGUUCUCAAUAAUGUCUGGCCGUCUGGUAGACAAAUAUGGUCCACGUAUUGUUUGCAUUUGCGGAGCAUUCAUUACUCUUGCUUCUUUGAUUCUGGCAUCGUUCUCGACACAACUCUGGCAUUUUUUGGUCACCCAGGGAUUUUUGUUUGGACUCGGAUCUUCGACUGCAUAUCUGCCUAGUUUGGCAGUUCUAUCAGACUGGUGGGUCAAGCAUCGCGGACUCGCAACGGGAAUGGCAGUUGCUGGUGCUGGAAUUGGCGGCCUUGCGUGGGGCCCUGUUUUGAGAGCACUUAUCACUCAUAUUGGAUGGCGCUGGACACUCCGGAUAGCUGGUAUUGCAAGCUUUGUCAUUGUUAUGGUUGGUGCUAUCCUGCUACGGAUUCGACUUCCACGCAAGGCGGCUGCAUCGAUUGACUUGUCGUAUUUUCGCGAGUCAAUUUUCUUGCGUCUAUAUGCCACAACUUUCAUUACUACUUUUGCCUAUUUUAUCCCAUUCUUUUUUAUACCUUCAUAUGCAAUCAAUCACGGUCUUUCUAGGGAGCAAGGCGCAUUACUAUUAGGACUGCUGAAUGGUGCAUCUGGUCUUGGCCGAAUUGCUCUUGGAUUUGUAGCUGAUUAUUUGGGAUGCACAAACGUCAUGACAUCUUGCCUUGGGCUAUCAGCCACGGUCAUUUUAUGUGUCUGGCCAUUUGCAACUACCUUUGAAUCUCUAUUGGCUUUAGUAAUUUUCUUUGGAUUUUUUGUUGGUGGAUAUAUUUCAUUGCUUUCUACAGUCACUGCCCAACUGUUUGGCUCACGAGGAAAUAUUGGCUCGAUAACGGGAAUGAUAUACAAUGGACUCUUUUUUGGUAGUUUGUUUGGUGCACCGAUUGGUGGUGCCAUGAUUGACCAUUUCACCGUUCAAGCAGCUGAUGGCACAAUAUCUCCCAACUUUCUACCGUCAAUUAUGUUUUCUGGAUCUUGUUUUGCAGCUGGUGCAAUGCUUGCCUUUUCAGUAAAAUAUAGUGCAGGUGGAGGGAAAAUAUUUAUCAAGAUUUAACCCAUGAAAUAAAAUUGCUACUGCAUUC